AUGGUAAAAAGCAAUCCGAGUUCAUGUGGAAGAGAUAUUCCUAGUGGCAGAGCUUAUCAAGAAAUAUUGCAAGGAAAAAAUAAUCACACACUGACCCUUUUCUUCAGUGGAGAUGGCGCUCCUCUAUGUGUGAGUAACAGCAAAUCAGUUUGGGUUUUAUCUGCCAGUAUAGUGGAAAUUCCGCCUCAGUAUCGUUAUUCUUUUCAGAAUAUGUUGCUUUUACAAUUCAGUAUAGGUUUAUCCAAACCUAACUUGAUAUUAACAUUGGGGCCAGUUAUUGAGCAAUUGCUAGAAAUGAAACAAAAUGGUUUAAGUCUUGUUGUCAAUGGACAACAAACGCUGUUUGAUAUUCAAUUCCUUUUCUUUACAGCUGAUUCUCCAGCAUUAUCUCUAUUCUCUAACUUUAUCAGUAGCGCAGGUCUUUGUUCGUGUUUUGUUUGUCUUGCUCCUGGAAAGUAUGAUUACAAUUUGGCGAAAGUUGUUUACACAACCGUUGAUAAUGGACAUCGAAGUCUUAGAGAUUAUUAUCGAGAUGUUUCAGUCGCUGAGGAGAAAAGACAACGUUCUACUGCUAAGAAAGAUCCUACUUCUCGCGGUGUUAAAGGUCGUUCUGUUCUUGAACCACUUUUUCCUGGUCGUCUAAUACGUUGUUUGCGACCUGAUUACAUGCAUUCUACAAUCAAAUGCGUUUUUGACUCAAUGUUAGCUAUAAUUCUCGAUCUAUUGCCGAAAGCUGUGACAGAUAUUGUUGAUAAUCGUUUGUUAUUUGUGUCUCUUCCACAUGAUUUUACUAGAAAACUCAGAUCACUAAAAUAUUCUAAUUAUUAUAAAGCAAACGAAUCAAGGACGUUGAUGUUAUAUGUUUUUCUUCCAUGUUUAUAUGGUCUUGUCGACUCUCUGUUUUUUGCUCGACUUUGUCUGUUCGUCUGCGCUGUGCGACUAAUACACGGUGAUUCACGUGUUAUUGAACAUUGUGAAGAUGUAGCCGAUAAUCUGUUUUCUUUAUUUAUCACGUCGAAUGAUGACGGAUUACGAAAGUUAUCAAAUCUAUCUUUACAUAUCCAUUCUCACUUUGGUUUUUUCUCGAAAGAAUUUGGCAGUCCAAAUUAUUCUAGUUGUUUCCCGUUUGAGCGAUUUUUACGUUUGUUUAUUAGAAAUAAACAUGGAACAACAAAUUUCGGAGAGCAACUUUCUUUGUACCACGAUAUUGACAGAUAUCUUGCUUCAGUUAGUGAUGGUCUACUUCAUUGUGCAAACGAAAGUGAAAUUCUUUUACUUGAUCCUUUCUCAGACGGCGAUUUAGCUGCAAAAGUCGCUCUAGAAGUUACAUGUGGGUGCGAAAUGAAGCUAUAUCGUCGUGUGAAGUUCAAACAUAACGUAUUCCAUUCUCUUUCCUAUCAGAAAAAAGGCGGUUCCAAUAGUUAUACAGUCCAAAUCUCCCAUGAUCCGUCCAAAAUUACAGAUAAAAAUCGAUCAUUUAUGGAAAUAAUUUGUUUUGGAGAGUGUGCUCAUACGGUUUUAUGUUUUGGUGAAGUAGUAAACGAAGAUCCUCUGCAAAAAUUUUCUGAUUUCUCUGUUGGCAGCGAUUUUUCUAAUGUGUUAGCGGAACAAUUAACUAUUUUUUUGCAAUUGUUCAACCAAAAGCUAAAAAACGUACUCGUCUUAUUUUGGUUCAACAUUUAA